AUGCCUUGGAAUCGUGGCAGCCAGUGUGUUCCCAUAUCAACGAGCAAGACUUCAUAUCCUUAUAUGGUAAACUCAUCAGUCACUACCAGCAUCAUUGUGGCAGUUUUCUCUGCUAUGUUGGGUUUGGUUUUCAUCACACACAUUCUCCUUAGAAAAUCCUCACCAUUGUUCAAUCAAAAAUUGGGGUGGAAACUUCUAGAAACAUGGAGACGAGACUCUUCGCUAUGUACAGUACUGCUAGAUCAUCGUCCUGAUGUUUGUCACCCGAAGAACUACCACUCGAACCUCGAGACCAGCAAAUGUGUGCCAUCCAUUAUUCUUCGACGGCCCCGUCCCUUCACCAACAACUCACUUGUCGUACAAACCAACAUACGGCAAUUGACAGACAAAGGCAUUGAUGCUUUCAUUCUGCCAAUCCAUCAGUUACCGACUGCCAUUGAGCCCUUAAUAUCACAUUUCUUCAUGGAUCCUACACAGCGGUCCUUGCGACCUACCUACUCGGCGCAUGAUUCUGUUUUCAAGGUCUCGCCACGGAAACUUGAGUCUUUGAUUGGAUUAGGCACACAAUUCGACGGCGUGGAUGUCGGAUGCGAGGAAGACAGCGAAGUUGAACUCGGUCUGGGUGAUGUUGCAGCGCUGAGCUAUGACGAGUACUUUGCUCUCAAAACAGCUCCUCGGACUACUGUAGGAGUACCCGUUGGAUGA